AUGGUGACAACAGCUGUCCCUGACCUCCUCAGUCUCACUCCUAAUGUCAUUGCUGAUGUCACUGAUAACACCACCACACCUGCCAAUGUCCACUUUGCCAAAGUGAUGAAUUGGCUGACCUUCAGCCUUGGGCUGCCUGCCAUUGGACUCGCUCUUUACAUCCUCAAGAAUCUCUCCAAAGGUGGGAAUAAAGUUCCCAUGCACGUCAUCUUCCUCCUGGUUUCUGACAUCAUCAGUUUCUUCGGACGUCCUGGUGUGAGUCAGAAAGUGGACAGCGGGUCCACGUUCUCUGCCAAUCCCACCGACUUCAUCUUAUAUUUUGGUGUCGUCUCCAAUAUCACCCUCAUGCUGUUCAUAGCUCAGGAGCGCCAUCUCCAGGUGGCCUACCCACAGUGCCUUGCCUGCUGCACUAGUAUCAGGAGGCAUCCCGUAGUGGCCUUGGUGGCAUGGGCUGCUCCAUUCGCCAUCCUGGCUCUCGCUGUGCUACAGUACAACUUCUGGUUCGCUGUGGCUCUCCUUGCUCCUUUCCCCUUUCUCCUCUUCUUUGCUGUGGACUCAUGGAGGGCUCUGAAUUGCUCCAGAUCUAAUCCUUCAUCACCAGAGAGGAGAAGGACAGUGGUGGGUAUCAGUGCAAUCUGGGCCAACUACACUGUCCUCUAUGUCCCUUUCAUCCUCAACCUCCUUCUUGAAGCUCUGUCCUUGACGGAGGUGGUGAGGUAUCUGGGGCUAGUGUCUCACCUGCUGCUCUACCUCAGCCCUCUGGUGGACCCUUUCAUCUAUAUAUUCAUGAAUAAGGGUCCCAAAGAGGUGCUGCAGGCACUGCCCUGCUGCCAAAGGUGUAGUCAGAAAGAAAACAUGACACCCACAGUGAACACUGUGUCUGAGACAGUAGAAACAAGACUUUGA